AGAUUUACCCCUUCCGACAUCCUGUGCUCUCUAUCGCCUCACCCGUGAUUCGGCGGAGCAGCAACUGGAUCUCAUCGCAGCCCCCACUUGUGUCCCACGAGUAAACACCUCCUACCCGACCGAUUCCCUCGUUCGUCUGGUCUCCCUGCUGCCCAACUUCCGCCUAGCAGGUGGUCUCAAUCUGCCCAAAAUAAUCACCAUCCUCUGCUCCGAUGGCCGAAAACGACGUCAGUUGUUAAAAUGUCGGGAUGACCCUCGCCAGGACGCAAUCAUGCAACAGAUUUUCACAGCAGCCAACCAUCUGUUGGCCGCUCACGCCUACGAUGUGGUGCCGUUUGCCGCUGCCGCUGGCACAACCUUCAACAGUGCCAAUCAAGCUCAGCGGUCCACACCUACCUUCAAUCCCUGCCUGUCGCCUCAACCCAUGCGGAUCCGCACUUAUACGGUAAUCCCUCUGGCACGUCGAAGCGGCCUUAUCGAAUGGUGCGAGGGCACUGUGCCACUUGGUGACUGGCUAGCCAACGAAACCAACGGGGCUCAUCAGCGCUACCAUCCCACUGACCUCACGCCUACGCAAGCCAAAAUGCGCCUCGCGGGCGUGCGCGACAGGGGCCCGGAACGAAAAUUGACCGUCUUUAAGGAGAUUUGUGAGAGACUGAGGUCAGUGAAGGUGGCCGUCAGGAGGCUUCCUCCCCUCUUCAGAUUACUUUUUUGA